AUGGCAACCCCCAGUAGCCUUGUUGAUGGUACAAAACGCUAUCUGGUGGACUGGAACAACAUUGUUGGGGGUGGCGAUGAUCAGAUCACCAGCACCAGAUUACCGGAUGAAAAAUGGACCAAACCAAUUCCGGGCUAUCUCAAGUUGAACACUGACGCAGCUGUAGAUCCUAGAAACAGAUUGAUGGGAUUCGGAUGGGUGCUCAGGAACGAGAAUGGUGAGUUUGUUGCAGCAGCGAGCAUCCGCGGGAAAUGCACAUUCAAUUCAAAAGAGACCGAGGCAAUGGCCGUUCGUGAGGCUCUCACCUGGAUUAAGAGUCAUGGUAUUAAUUUUGUCCAGGCCAAAACGGAUGCUCUUCAAGUUGUCCAACGUUUAGAUCAAACCGUUGGGGAUUCCUCAUUUGACCUUAUUCUGUUUGACAUAAAACAUUUCCUACUUUCUGUUGAUCAAGUAGCUAUCUCUCAUGUAUCUCGCACUGCGAAUACGAUUACCCAUAGACUUGCUAGGGAAGCUUGUUCAAUGUCUGUGCGUAAGGAAUGGACUACUAUCCCUCCUUCUUUUAUUGUCAACGCUUUGUACUUUGAUUUGAAUUAA